CAUAACACAUGCUGUAGAGCCGUGGGGGUGCAUGAGCCCGACGACAACUGUUCGACGAUUGUACAUUUCACCCUUGGCAUUAGGUUAAAAACGAGGCAUUUGCAUGGCCUAUCUUGAUUAUAUCAACCAGAAAACGACAUUCUUCACCAGUUCUGUUCCUUACCACUCUGCGAAUUCGUCAUGAGUAACAUCACUUUGCAGCCUACAGGCCUCGUCGACGCUUCCAAACGUUACUGGGCCCAGAGAAUUGACACCACAGCUAUGCUACGCUUUAAACAGGUCACCUACGGGCUUUCACCGGACUUCACCUCCUACAUCAACUUUGAAGGCGGGAGUCAGUAUUUUCCUCGCGGAACGAGGACGUACAACCCGCCUCCUGCUGCCACGACUCUUUUUGCCAAUUACAAAACUGUAAGAUCACCUCACCUGUACAUUAUUGAUUUUCGAGGACUGUGCGACGUGAGGGAGAACGUUGAGGCUAAUUAUAAAAGUAGAUCAUCGACCUGCGCUUGAAGUUUGAGGUAAUUCCUGCCCAUCAACGAGUCCACCCGUUCACCCGUCUUGCAACUUAUUUUUCAUGAACUAACCAUAUCCGUCUCUGUAAAGAAAGAUGUAUUCCCAACCUACGAAAGACUACGAGAGGUCUUCCACACUUACGCGACUGAGGCACACGAUCACUAUGGUACACGGCCUUCAUGAGUUCAUUCAAUUGCAGCUCCUUGUACCACUGUACCUCCAGUUCCAAGCUCUACUAACCCCUCUCAAUGUUUCCCACAGACCAAGUCCUCAAUCUCCUCGGCACCCUUCGCGCCUCAAUCCUCGCAACUAACACGCACAGCACCGCUGACCUCGAAACCUUGCGCACCAUUGUAGACGCACGCGUCAAUCUCAGCAGCCGCAUGAAAGAUAAUGCAAACUAUAUCGUGGAGUUACUCCAGGGGAUCAAUAGGAGUCUUCCUGCAUGCAUAAAGAAUAUCAACCAGAGUGUUGCUGACCUGAAUGUGUUCUGUGUGUUUACAGCUGAUGAGCAGAAGAAGAUCAGUAAUCCGAAUACCAUUAAUAUUUCUGGGUUUGCGGAGAAGUAUGCGUUGGUGCAUAUGGGAUAUGCGGUGCGUUUUCUUUGCUGCCAAUCUAGGAGACUGAAAUCGAAUGCUUAGGAGGGCUGAUGAAUUAAUGAUGGUUUUUUUUACUACCUAAUAUUCAACAUGCUAAUAUUUAUUUUUCAAAAUACCAGCCCAUGGCGUCUGUAGUAACUGAGGCUGCGCAAGCAGUGGUCGAUGAGAUUGGUCCCGCAACCACUGAAAUGCAAGAGGAACUUGGUAGGUUGACACAUAUACACGCUACUCCGUACAAUACAAUACUAACGUACCCUCAGGCAGAUGGGAUAACAUCACUCGAGAUCUAACAUCAAUUGUAUCAUACAUCACCAAAGAAGAGGCAGCCACUGGACAAGUUCUCGCGAAACUGGACAAUGCUCAAAUUCUUCAGAGGUGGCAGGAGCUGGGUGAUAUUGGUAUGUUUGAUUGCAUUGUAUCAUUAAUCGAUCUAGAUCUAACUUUUUGUUAUGAAUAGUGGUCCAAGCAGAAAAUUCUUAGGAUUAGGAUAAUAGAUGAGGAGGCGAUGAUUCAAAUCAACAGUCCCACGAUGUGGAUGAUUAUGAGGAUGAUUAAACGCAAUUGUUACCUUCGUAGGAGGAGGUGAUGAGUGGAAAUUAUUGUUUGUUGGUUGUCAAGUGGAGGUGCGGAUUGAGCUAUUAUUAGCUAUUGUGAGAUCUAAAAAGGUACAUCUUCAACAUUCGUAUUUGCUUCAAUGAACAAUUUAAACUUGUGGAUCAAAAU